AUGCAGAACCAUUACCAACCGACAACUCGCAUUGGCAACUGGUAUGAAGAAAUGGUAUUAGAAGAUGAGAAAAUGCGUGAAUUCCUUGAGAAAAAGGCCGCUGGAACUUUAACAAUUCAGCGUAUUCGCCAAAAUCUCGUAAUGGUUCAAAUGCCACCUCCACAAGAGGACGGAUUAGUUCACUACUCAACAAUGAUCCGUAUCAAGAACGCUGGUUUAGAAUGCUUCCUCGGAUGCGAUCCAGGAGAUGCUGAACACGUCGAAGAAGGCAUGUAUUCUGCUACAGGUUGCCGCACAGACGAUGUCACAGCUCGUAAUGUUUGGGUACUUAAGCAAUGCAAUAACAACGGUGCUCCAAAGGAAACAAGAGAAGACGACGUUCUUUGCUUCGGCGAUGAAUUCUUAAUUUCUUCAUCAGAUUCCCUUGGACCAAAUCCAUUCUACAUCGCUUCACACCACCUUGACUGGUCUCACUUCUCUCGCGUUUCUCGCAAGCAACUUGUAUAUUCAACCGAAAAAGAAACACCACAAGCAAUUUGGCGUGUUGAAAGUGUCGGCAGAGAUACAAUGAUGGAGAUGGAAGGCGAACCAGUUCAUAUUGGUGAGCCAGUUCUUCUCAAGAAUGUUACAACAAACCUCCCACUUAUUGUUCAGGAUGCUACAUUCUUAAAUGACUACGGUAGCGAACAUGAACUUAUUUGCGGUAAGCUUGCAGACAAGAAGGGUGUCUGGACAUUUACUGACCAUUAA